AUGAAGUACCCGGAGAAUGUCGGAAUCAAGGCUAUGGAGAUCUAUGUGCCGGCACAGUGCCUGGAUCAGAAGCUGUUUGAGAAACACCAAGGUGUUUCAUCCGGCAAAUACACCGUCGGGCUAGGUCUGCAAUGCAUGAACUUCUGCACCGAUAGAGAAGACGUCUGCUCCCUAGCCCUAACCGCCGUAUCAUCGCUACUCCGCAAAUUCUCAAUCAAUCCCACAUCCAUCGGCCGCCUGGAAGUCGGCACCGAGUCCCCGAUCGACAAGGCCAAAUCAAUCAAAUCCGUUCUCACGACUCUUUUCGAGCCCGCUGGCAACACGAGCUUAGAGGGCGCAGACACAAUCCACGCGUGCUAUGGCGGGACCAACGCCCUCUUCAACGCCGUCAAUUGGGUCGAGUCUCGCUCGUGGGACGGCAGAGACGCUAUUGUUGUCAUGUCAGAUAUAGCCCUGUACAAGGAGCCUUCGACCCGACCGACUGGUGGCGCCGGUGCCGUUGCGAUGCUGAUCGGUCCGGAGGCCCUGCUUGUCCUUGAGCCCGACCUGCGUGGUGUAUACAUGACCAACACGUACGAUUUCUAUAAGCCGGACCCCCGCGUUGAAUUCCCGAUUGUCAAGGGCCAUGAGUCGAUUGUCUGUUAUCUUCGCGCUCUAGAUGGGUGCUACAAGGACCUCUUGCAUCGGGCGUCGGCCUCGGCCGCGAGGGACGAGGUUGCAGGUGGUAGUCGAGGUCCGCCGAACAAUGUCCUCGACCUAUUCGACUACAUGGCAUUCCACACCCCGAACUGCAAGCUGGUAAGCAAGGCAUACGGCCGACUUAAGUACAACGAUCUCCUCAGAUUGCUCAAUGAUCCUGACGGGACCCAACUCGGCGAAAUCGACUCGGACUUUCUUGCACUGGAGUACCAGGAGUCCCUGAAAAGCAAAGCACUCGAGAGAGCCCUGGUCGCCAUGACAAAGAACCAGUUCAAGCAGCGCGUUGAGCCUAGUAUCGUCGCGCCGUCUCUCUGCGGGAAUAUGUACACGGGCAGUUUGUACUGCUCGCUCAUCAGCCUGAUCAGCAAUAUCGACCUUGGCAACGUGACGGGCAAGACCAUUGGCAUGUUUAGUUAUGGAAGUGGUGCAGCGAGUGCGCUCUUCUGCCUGAAGAUUAAUGGCGAUCUCACCCAGAUGGUCGAGAAAAUCGAUAUCAUGAACCGUCUGGCAGAGCGACACGUUGCCACCCCUGAGGAAUAUGAAGAGGUAGCGUCUGCCUGUGCUCUGCGGAUGGCAGCGUACGGGAAAAACGGCUUCACGCCUGUUGGCGAUGUGGCUUCCUUGCUGCCGGGAACAUACUACUUGGUGGAAAUUGACGAGGUGUAUCGGCGGACUUAUGCCAUUCGGGAGGCUUGA